AUGAACAUUUUCAAGUCUGUCAUGCGUAAGCAGGAAAUGGCAUCUAAUCCUGCCGCCGACGAUACCUGCUGCGCAAUAUGCUACGAGAAAGUCGGCGAAGCCAAGGAGGAGGGCGACCGCGAAAUAUGGCGAUAUCUGCCCUGCGGCCACCGCUUCGGAGGUGACUGCAUACAACACUGGCUGGGCGUCGCGAGCGUCGAUGAGCCUCACUGCCCGUGGUGCCGGGUCAGCAUGCGAUGCGACUGCGGACAUCCCGUGGUGCCGACGAUGAAGCCGGUGCGCAACUACAUGUACUGGGGCUGGAUGCCGUGCGAGAUUUGCCAUACGCAACUACAACGAUCACGCAAGACCUCGAAAUAUCUAAGAGGGCAGUUAUUACCGCGACUCAACUCGCUCAUCCACUCCCUCGACCACAACAUGGCAUCCAUCCCGCAGGAGGUGCCCAAAGAGCAGGAAGAAACGCCCACGAAAGAGCCUUGGGAGGACCGCGAGGUAUGGAAGAAGAAAUGGACGGAACACUUUUUGGCGGAGGAAAGGAAGGCGUCUGCGUCUAAGUCAACGAAGAAAUGA